AUGAAACUGCUGAAGUUUGUCAAUUGUGAUGCCCCAAAUGUCGCCCCCGAGAUGCUUCAACUAUCUGUAGAGGAACAGCGGGCUUGUGUCCUCUCCAAUGGGCAUAGCGGUAAUGGGUGUAGGGAGCAAGUGGCAAAGAGUUGGCGUCUCAUCAGCGCUGCUGCCUCGAUGGAAGGUGCAUAUUGGCUGCUGAAGGAUGAUAAUACGCCUAUAGGGCCGAUUGACAAGGUUCUGCUUGCCACGCGAGACGGUGCAAACGUGGAUUGCACCAAAAUCCCAGAUGGUGUUGAGGAGAGUCACGUCAAGGAAGUUGAUCUUCGCAGUAAGAUGGGCAAGCAACUUCAGCGCAGCCGACAAGAGUACGGCCAGACGUUUAAAACGGCGGCGAAGAACGCGGCACUAUUGAUGGAUGCAGACCGACUGCGCGUGGGUCGUGAGGAGAAGGCCCGGCGGGAGCUAAAACGCGUUGUGGAGGCAAUUGAGAACGGUGAGGAAGCUGUCCGUAAAACACGUGUAAAGAGAGAAGACAACAGCAAGAACAGUAGCGGCUCAAAGAAACGCUGA